AUGUCGUUCCCUGACAAGCCUCUCGCUCACCUUCUGGGUGCCAAUGGCCCCAUACACGCCCUCGCCUACUCGGCCUCCCCGGGCACGUACAUCCUCACCGGUUCUGCCGACCGCACAAUCCGCCUCUACAACCCCUUCCCCGCCGAAUCCCAGUCCUUCGCCAGCAGCACCAGCAGCAGCAGCAGCAGCAUCACCGGCCGAUUCAAGCAAGGCGCCCCCGCUGCCCCGCUCCCCGAAGGCCGGCUCAUCCAGUCCUACGCAGCCCACGGGUACGAGGUGCUCUCGCUCGCCGUCGCCCCGGACAACCAGCGCUUCGUGUCGUCCGGCGGCGACCGCGCCGUGCUCCUCUGGGACGUGGCGACGGCGACGACGACGCGGCGCUUCGGCGGCAACCUGCACGGGCACACGUCGCGCGUCAACGUGGUGCGGUUCGCCGGCGAGGGCGAGUCGCUCGUGGCGUCGGGCGGCUUCGACACGACGGUGCGCCUCUGGGACGCGCGGUCCAGCAGCGCCAAGCCCGUGCAGGUGCUCGACGAGGCGCGCGACGCCGUCACGAGCCUCGUCGUGCGCGGGCCCGAGCUGGUCGCCGGCAGCGUCGACGGCCGCGUGCGCAGCUACGACGUGCGCGCCGGCCGCUGCGUCGUCGACGUCGUCGGCGCCAGCGUCACGAGCCUCGACGUCACGCGCGACGGCAAGGCCGUGCUCGUCGGCGCCCUCGACAGCAAGCUGCGGCUCAUGGACCGCGCGAGCGGCGCGUGCCUCAAGACGUAUGCCGAUGCCGCGUGGCGGAACGAGGAGUUCAGGGUCCAGGCCGUGCUCGGCGGCCGCGAGACCUUUGUCGUCGCCGGCGAUGAGCUGACGGGCGCCGGCGCCGGCGGCGACGGCAGGGUGUGGGCGUGGGAGCUGCUGACGGGCAAGCUCAUGGCCAAGGUCACGGUGCCGUGGGGUCCGCCGGGGUCGGGGUCGAAGAAGAAGAAGGUCCUGGGACGCGACGGCAAGGAGAAGGCGAGGAGCAACGUCAUCAGCUGCCUCGCCUGGAAGGACGACGGCUGGGGCCAUCAGUUUUGCGCCGGCGGCACAUCGGGCGUCGCCACCGUGUUCGGGCCGUCCUCUUCGUAG